CUUUCGUUGACAUCAGUUAUCACGUGCAGUUUCCCGUCUUUUUCCAAACCACAGAAUAUUUAUGUUUUGAUGCUAAAAUACUAUAUACCGAUUCUGUUGUGAGCCCUAAGCUUUUGUAUUUUUUACUAUUUGUUUCACUUUCGUCUUUCAACUCGUACGAGUUAAUAACCACCGAGUACCAAUUAUUGGAAUUGAACACGUCACAUAGCAUUCUCAGACGUAAUCAUGAAAUUAGUCAAAUUUUUGAUGAAACUCAGUCAUGAAACUGUGACAUUAGAACUUAAAAAUGGCACUAGUGUUCAUGGAACUAUUACAGGUGUUGAUGUAGCAAUGAACACUCACCUCAAAGCUGUUAAAAUGACUGUAAGAAAUCAACAACCUAUACAUUAUGAAACACUCAGUAUUCGAGGUAACAACAUUCGGUACUACAUUUUACCUGACUCUCUUACUCUUGAAACCCUGUUAGUUGAUGAUGCACCCAAAUCACGAAUGAACCGUGGCGGACGAGGAGGUCGUGGAGGUCCAGGAAGAGGUGGUCGUGGACGUGGAGGUCCUAGAGGACGAGGAGGUCGUGGAGGGCCACGUGGAAGUGGUGGUGGGCGUGGGCGAGGUGGUGGACCCCCCCGACGUUAAUAUUUGUGUAAUAUGUUCUAAUUCAAUUCAAACUUCUGUGUAUUUUCAAAUUUUUAUUUGCUCUACAUUUAUUUAAACUAAAUUUAUCAAGUUUAAUAAUAAAUCGUCUCAUAUGUAUAAGAUUAUUGUCUAAUACUUAAUAAUACAUUUAAUAAACAGUACAAUAUACCUAGUAUAAAUGUAUUUACUAUUAGUA